UGAAAAUCUUUGAAAAUUACCAGUGUCAGUGUCAUAUCUUUAUCCCCUCACACAUACACUUGCAGUCCACCGUUGUCUUAAGUGUCACUACCAGUGUUUCAUCAAUCUACUUGUCAUGUGAGUGCGAUUUGAGAUUACCUUUGAUGAAGAAUAUAGCAAUAACCUGGGUUAGCCUCCAGUUGUGUGAAGUCAUACUUUAUUGUUCAGCUAGGGCAACCAGCCAGGAGGACGCUAGGCAAAAAUCUAGCGGGUCCGUGUGACAGGCUCAACGUGCUGUGCAGUCACGCGGGAGAACUUUGAGGAACAAAGCACUUUCACAUAGCGGUAGAAGAGAGUCACGUGGCCGAUUGCCCGUCGGUGCGAAGGGGCCUUGAGACCGUCCGUCGGGGAAUCUUCGUCGAUCAGUCGGACAAUCUUCCUCUGAACAUCGAGAAUGGACAGUGUAGUCGGGGUGAUAGCACCCGAAACAUGCAAGCAGCGCUUGAGGCUGAGUCUUGUCUGUGCUUUGUACAGAGUGGUGGUUCGAGAUAGAGAUAUGAUGAAAUAUACACGUGUCUUAUUUCUAGUGGCUGUUGCUACACAGUUUUUCAGUUAUUCUACACAAACUAGCGCACAUCACAUGCAAAAUACUAGGAACCGGAGGAGCAACGGGCUGAAUAAGCAAAUAGAAUUGAAGGACUGUGAUUACGGAGUGUGCCAAGAGGUCAAUGACUAUCCAGAAGAGAAAAUUGCCAAGCUUGUAGAAAAAUCAGAUGUAUUGAAAAAAUACUUGGCUAAUCAGAAGAAAGUAGACAUAAGCGGAAGAUCCGGCACGCCUGGAAAGAUUCUCUGCUCCACAAUGACUCAAACAUAUUUUUACAGGAAGCUGAAUAACACAAGGGAUAAAGAGAUGUACAUUGUUAACCUUGGUGACUAUCAGCAAGGAGUUGUACUGGAGACGUGUGUAGAUGACUCCAGCUCGUGCAGUUCAGGUAACACUCUCUUUGACGCGAAAACAAAGUGUGAGCAAAGAUAUUCGUCCAGGGUGUUACUCGCUUUGGGUAAAGACUCUGACCAAGUUGAGUUCGACACCUUCAAGUUACCGUCUUGCUGUGUUUGCCUAAUAGUAUGAGUAAUGUAAAUACAUAAUUUAAUGUUGUGUUAGCAGCAAUUACUUUGUGAAUUAAAGGGUUAAAAAAACCUCGAAUAAAGCAAUAUGUUGAAGGAGGACGUUCCUCUAUUUCGAUAUACAGUUUACCCACUAGUCAUUUGAGUCAGCUCAAACCUUCUGUCAAUGUAGCCCACCUGAGCUUUAAGACAGUUCACCUAGAGAGACGUUUCUACUAAGAGAAAUUUCCGCCACAGCAUGUAUCGCAUCAUGUUCUGCCACUAGUGCUGUGUCGGCUCUUAACAAAGAAUUCGAAUAGGUUGGAAGAAGCCAAACUUAUAUGUUUACAUUGCAUUGUUUGUCGCCGAAUUUGCGUAGUUUUAGUGCACACUAUCGACUCAUUUGUCUACCAAUGCCAGCUAAAGUGAUAGCGUUGUAUCAACAUAUUACUAAUACUUACAGGUGGUAGCAUGUACCUUCUUUAG